AUGAACUACGACAACGGAUUUUUCACUGUGUGCAUUUUGGCCUUCAGCACGACCGUGUGUAUCCUUGGUCUCAUUCUCGGUGUUGUCUUCAUCUUCUUCCAGCGACAAAGGGAUGAGCAGCUACUGGACGAUAUUUACGAUACCGUAUGUGCCGCCGUUGAAGCAUCUUAUGACGCUGGUAACUGUAACUGCGCAAAUGGCGAGCAAAGACAAGAAAAGACCAGCAGCAGCAGCAUAGCCCGCCACAGCGGCCGCAACAAGAACAACAAGAUCCCUAAUGGAGGCGCCUAUUGA